AGAAGAUCGUUCUCCUUCACAUAUCAGUCGCGCUUUGCGACCAAUUGGCCAGCAUGGUCGUCAAAGUUAUGCCAUCCUCGCGGAUGACAACAUCUAUUCUGUUCGCUUGCCUCUUGUUCUUGUUCUUAUACUCCUCUUACGUUCUUACUCCAUCUUAUCAUCCGACGUCGCCUGCCAAGCCUCCGCCAGCGCAAACGCAGUCGCAUCCACCACAACAUUCCGACAAACCGAAGGAAGAUGGCCCAACAGCAUGGCAGAAAGAGGCUGCUUUGAUCAGCGACGAAGCCAAUUCUUUGAUUGACGAUCCCAUUCAACCUCCGUACAAAUUCAAAUUCUACGAGCUCGGUCAACGAACCAAGAAAGCACGGGAAUGGGUCAAAUUCCUUGACAACGCACCGAAAUCGGAGAACGCUCGGCCUCUUCUCGAGACUGUGGAGAGUGCGAUCGCAUCGUUCUUCCCUUUUAUCCAGCACUCUCCCAAGAAUCCAGAUAGCAAGACGCCUUUUUCAGACCUGCGUUCGUCCAUUGUCCCUGGGUCACGUGGAUUCGUCAUUCCGACAGGCAAGGGAACCAUGCGAUACGCCACGCACCUCAUUGGCGCCCUCCAAGACAUCUUGUACUGCAACAUGACGAUUCAGAUUGUAUAUGCCGGAGACGAGGACUUACCGCCUGAGGACCGCGAGAAGCUGCUGGCUCGCUUCAAAGGGCUCCAAUUCUUAGAUGUUUUGAGCGUUGUCGACGAUAAGACCCUGAAGCUUGUAAAUGGCGGGUGGGCUAUCAAGGCCUUUGCGGCUUUGUAUGCGCCGUUCGAAGAGGUCCUACUCUCAGAUGCCGACUCAGUAUUUGUUCAAGUUCCGGAGUCACUCUUCUUAGAUCCCUUGUACGAGCAGACCGGUGCUCUCCUCUUCCACGAUCGUUUACUCUGGCAACACGCCUUCGCCGAACGACAUGAGUGGUGGAGGUCGCAGAUUCACGAGCCCAGUGCCGCGCUCAAUAAGUCGCUUGUAUGGACUGAUGACUACGCCGAAGAGGGCGAUUCGGGUGUGGUUGUAGUGGACAAGUCUCGCCUAGACGUGUUGAUGGGUCUCCUCCAUGUAGCAUGGCAAAAUACCUACGACGUGCGCGAAGAAGUCAGCUACAAAAUUACGUACGGUGACAAGGAGACGUGGUGGUUCGGACUCGAGCUCAGCGGGGCAAGCUAUGCCUUCGAAAAGCACUACGGUUCCAUGGUUGGUUGGUUCAAGGACAAGGUCAACGACUCCGUCGAGAGAAUUUGCAGCUUCGUGAUCGGACACGUCGACGUGCGAGACGAUCUCAUUUGGUACAACGGUGGACUUUUGAAGAACAAGAAGAUUGACCCGAAAGAAUUCGGGCUGCCGACGCAUACCGUGGUCGACGGGACGUGGGAGAAGGGUGGAGACCGGACACAGAUGAGCUGUAUGGUCGGACAUAACGUCAAGCCCUUGAAUAUGGAUAUGCAGUGGAUUUUGAAUAGUUCCAUCACUUUGGCGCAAGAGCUGGAUCAGCAUUUCGGGUUUCUCGAGUCAUGAAGUCGUGACCUAGGAUACAAAGGCCCUUAACGUAGAAUUAUCAACCUCGAACGAGGCCUUGUUUGGCCCUUCCUAUAAAAUAAGAGAAUAUUUAUGAUG